UUAUAAAACAUUUGAACUAGUCAUAGUUUUAGGUGGGAUGACAUAACACAAGUGCUGCGCUGCAAAGACUUCCUGCUCUGAGGAAUCCGUGGAAUGUUUGCCCCCAAGAAGUGUGGUAUACGUUACGAGCCUCCCACUCUAGUAGUAGAGUACGUGGUACUGGCUACUGGCAAGCUCCACAGGAGGAGUAUGCCGCUCAGAGACGUCACCGCUAACAGUAACCCUGACAACGAGGCCAGGAAGUUCAAAAACAAUCCUAAACACGGUAAGUAUUUGGAAAAGAUUUCGCAAGAGAAGCUGUCAAGGAUUUUGAGUAAAUGUAUCAAGUUUCUGAAGGGGGCAGCAGCUAUCGGGUCCAACAAGCCAGUCAGGCUGAACUUGGACGAUGAUUUUAUGGGGGGUUCCACAGACAUGGACAUGAACAAGCUCAAUGACUCUGAACUGCAGUUCGAGAAAUCUAAAAUGAACAAAGAUUUUAUGGAGAAGCAGAUAAGACCUGGUGACCCUGAUUACGAGUAUGACAAGGAAGUAAAUUACGGGAGUGGGAAUCUUGGUGAUGUGGAAUGUGACUGGGACGAGUCCGAGAACUCGGACUUCAGCUUUUAAGUCAGUUCUGGUUAACAGAUCCUAGUCAAUAUAUUGUUUUUUGGUUUUUAUGAUUUUAUCUCAGAUUUUUGACAUAAUAUCUCAGAGCAUGAUGAGUUAUAAUGAUUUUGCUCUCCCCUUUUGUGAUUACCCCGAUCCAGGCCAAGCCACAGCUUAAUAGUUAGGCAUGUAUUGUGUAUACUUAUUAAUGUAAAAUAUGUAUGAUAACUUAUUAAAAUGUUUCUAUCCGUCA